AUGGCUGGAAACAACGCCCUCAACGUCAAUGGCAACACUGUCAACGGCAGAACUGUCGACAUUGCCAUCACCGUUCGCGGUUCUGACUGGUACUGGGCCGUCUGCGCCGUCAUGACUGCUUGCACCUUUGUCUUCCUUGGUCUGGGCAUGACCAAGCCUCGCCAGCACCGUGUCUUCCACUACAUCACUGCUUCCAUCACCAUGGUCGCUGCUAUCGCCUACUUCUCCAUGGCCUCCAACCUCGGCUGGACCCCUAUCGACGUCGAGUUCCUUAGACCUGGCGACCCUGAGGUUCGCGGCAUCAACCGCGAGAUCUUCUAUGUCCGCUACAUCGACUGGUUCAUCACUACUCCUCUUCUUCUCAUGGACUUGAUGUUGACCGCCGCCAUGCCCUGGCCUACCAUUCUCUUCAUCGUCCUGGUUGAUGAAAUCAUGAUUGUCACUGGUCUCGUUGGUGCUCUCGUCCGCAGCUCCUACAAGUGGGGUUACUUCGCCUUCGGUUGUGCUGCCCUCGCCUACAUUGUUUGGAUCCUUGUCUGGGAGGGCCGCCGUCACGCCAACGCUCUCGGUAACGACGUCGGCAGAUGCUUCACCUGGUGUGGCUCGCUCACAACCAUGCUCUGGAUCUUGUACCCCAUCGCAUGGGGUGUCUGUGAGGGUGGCAAUGUCAUCUCUCCCGAUUCCGAGGCUGUCUUCUACGGUAUUCUCGACUUGCUCGCCAAGCCCGUCUUUGGUGCUCUUCUCAUUUGGGGCCACAAGGGCAUUGACCCUGCCCGUCUCGGUCUCUACAUCCACGACUAUGACGAGAAGGACCCCUCUGUUAAGGACAAGGUUGGCGCUCCUGGCCCCAAUGUCCACCCCAACACCACCAGCGGUGUUGCCACCAAUGGCCAGACUACUGAGACCGUCUAA